AUUUGAAAAAAAACAUCCUGGUUUAAAAUGUUGAAACAAUAAUUAUAAGGACAUUUCGUUGCAACGACAUAUAUUUUGUUUAUGUGGUUACACUAAAAUUCGUUGUUUUAGCGUCGUCGACAGCGCACGACAAAAUGUGAGCGAACUAACUAAAAAUUCGAAACCGACGUUUUUCGAACUAAACCGAGCUGAGACAAUAUUUUGUUUUGACAGCGUGGAGGCAAAAAUAUUUUUGUGAAUUUUGUAAUUUUUCCGCUAGCGUGAUAAAUAUUCGUUUUCAAGUCGUCGUAUUGAAAAAUGACGAGGACAAGUAUAGAUCUGGGUGAUGUUACUCCACACAACAUUAAACAACUAAAACGACUAAAUAUGGUUGUUUUCCCCGUAUCAUACAAUGAUAAAUUCUACAUUGAUGUCCUAGAGGCAGGGGAACUUGCUAAAUUGGCUUACUACAAUGACAUUGUCGUUGGGGCUGUUUGCUGUCGCGUGGACACCUCCGAAAAUAUGCGUCGACUCUACAUUAUGACUCUUGGAUGCCUAUAUCCGUACAGAAGAUUGGGGAUCGGUUCAGUUAUGGUAAAUCAUAUUCUCAAAUAUGUGGAAAGCGAUGGCAAUUUUGACAGCAUAUUCCUUCAUGUUCAGAUCAACAACGACGGUGCCAUAGAAUUUUACAAGAAAUUCGGCUUUGAAAUUGUAGAGACAAAAGAGCAAUACUACAAACGCAUUGAGCCAGCAGAUGCUCAUGUCCUUCAAAAAACCAUUAAGAAAAAAUGUCCCACUGACACUACAAGCAAGGUAUCUAAUAGUAAUGCUCAUUUGAAUGGUAUCGACAAGAGCCAACACAGUGGCAAGACGAAAGCAUAAAUAAACGUGUGUCAUCGAUGCAAAUUGGAUGUCGAAAAGAAAGAAAAUCACUUUCAUCCCAUCCCCAUCACCUGCUGCGCUAGGUUUUAUAAUUUCGUUUUUUUUUCUUGUUUUUGGUAUCAAUAAAGUUCUUUUUUUCUUUUAAAUUUGAAAAGUAAUACCAAACCAUUGGUACUUUCUUAUCUUUUUUCUUGUGCACUCUGCCCCUAGAAGCAGAGGCAAAAACACCAAAAUUAGAAUACGAUUUGCAUGUAGAAAGAGAGUAUUGAUCGUAAAAUCGAAUAAAAGGGUGAAGUCUUCUAAGUUUCUUGAUGGAAAACAGCGUACAUAUUUAUCGAUAUAUCUGUAUUAUAACUAAUAUUAAAAUACCAUCGAAAAAAUAUUUU